UCUCUAAGACUGCAAGGGAAGCUCAGCUUCCCCUAAAAUUUCGAACAUUAAAUUGUCAAAUAUGUAUUGUUGUGUUAACAUUUCAUUGACUACAAAUUCGUUAAAAUACGUUCAUGUCGAAGACGAGUUCGAUAAGAAUCCUAUCCAAGACUGACUCGAUUUUGUUAACUUCUCAUACAUUCCCGUAAUGUCAAUGCAUUAGACCGUAGAAGCCGAGCGUCCAUUCACUUCAAUGAGACUGCAUGGAACAGUUUUUUUCAUUGCCUCGAAACUCGACGGUCAUUGGAUAAAUGCCCAGAUUUGUCCCGCCCCCGGACGCUCAGCGUCUCUGGGGGUGGAUGGAGCAGUGGGCUGGCCUGGGCUAGCCUGGACGCUGGGCUUCCGCGUUAUGAUUGGAGGAUCAGUCGAAAGUCUGAAUCACUUUUUGAUUGACAGCUAUUUGAGAUAUACACAGUCACUUCACUAUCGGAGUUCAGUCCCAUCGCGGAUUUUGCAAGUCACUGGCGAGCCGUCUCGUCGUCACCAGGACCGUGAACGCGCCUUUACCUGCUUCCAAGAUGCUGGGCGCGCGCGCAAAUAUACGCAAACACGACAGCGGUUACGCCCAAUUCCUUUAGUUUCAUUUGAUGGAUUCGUAUCGAAACGGAAUGAAAUUAGUUGUCAAUGCUGUCUUGAUAUCAGGCUAAAGCUUCACUCAACCAAUUCGCAACGUUUGAAUCGGUGCAGCGACAGAUUCUUGAUCAUUUUAAAUCGAUUCAGUUGGAAAGCCGAGAGGGAUCUUUGGCAGUCAGGAGAACUGUUUUGUCAGUGGACCGAUGAUCCACCCAUGAACCAAAGUGUCCAGUCUACUAUGGAUGAGGAGAGAGAGGAGGGGGGUCCUACCUCUAAGACCACUCUGUCUGGGGAACAUGGCCGCCGGAGCAAGGCUAAGAGCCCAGAGCAGCAGGAGAGAGCAGACUCCAAUGGAUCCAGCUGUGUCUCCAUGAAGAGUGACCGCUCUAUGGAACUUCCUUUCAACUUUAAAGAUGGAAAUCAGUCUAUUGAAAAGGGAAGAGUCCAGCAGGAGAGAGCAGACUCCCCUGGACCCAGCUGUGUCUCCAUGAAGAGUGACCACUCUAUGGAACUUCCUUUCAACUUUAAAGAUGGAAAUCAGUCUAUUGAAAAGGGGAGAGUCCAGCAGCAGAGAGCAGACUCCCCUGGACCCAGCUGUGUCUCCAUGAAGAGUGACUGGUCUAUGGAUAAUCCUCUUAACUUUAAAGAUGGACGCCCCUCCAGAGAGGGGAGAAUACCCCACCAGAGGUCAAAGGUUACCAUUGCUCAGUCUGUACAGCAGCAUCAAACAGAGCUGAUCAAGAGGGCUGAAGAGAACGCACACGGUAAGAACGAGGAGCAGAGGAGGCGCGCCACAGAGGGAGUGGUGGACAUCACAAAGCUCUGCCUGAUGGAGAUGAACCAGGAGGAACUGGGCGACACACUGGGGGACAGAUCUGCUGCUGUCAAGUGCCAACACAAAUUUAAGUCUCUUUUGAAGAGGAAAUUCAAUUGUAUGUCUGAGGGAAUCGCUAAAGCAGGACAGCCCACAGGCCUGAAUGACUUCUACACAGAGCUCUUCAUCACAGAGAGAGGCAGUGGAGAAGUCAACAAGGAUCAUGAGGUCAGACUGAUUGAAACAGCUUCCAGGAGACCGGCCAAGGAGGAAACACCAAUAAAAUGUGAAGACAUCUUUAAACCCUUACCUGGACAAGAUCAUCCAAACAGAAGAAUUAUGACAACUGGAGUGGCCGGCAUUGGUAAAACCGUCUUAACACAGAAGUUCACUCUGGACUGGGCCGGAGGCAAAGCCAACCACGACAUACACUUCACAUUUCUCUUAACUUUCAGAGAGCUGAAUUUUCUGAAAGGGAAAGAGUUAAGCUUGGUGGAACUGCUUCAUCACUUCUUUAUUGAGACCAAAGAAGCAGGAAUCUUCAGAUUUGACCGGUUCCAAGUUGUCUUCAUCUUGGAUGGUCUGGAUGAGAGUCGACUUCCUCUGGACUUCCAGAACAACCAGACCUGGACUGAUGUCACAAAGCCGAUCUCGGUGGACGUGCUGCUGACAAACCUCAUCAGGGGCAACCUGCUUCCCUCCGCUCUCAUCUGGAUAACCACACGCCCUGCAGCAGCCAAUCUGAUCCCUGCUGAGUGUGUUGACAUGGUGACGGAGGUGAGAGGCUUCACCGACCCACAGAAGGAGGCAUACUUCAGGAAGAGAUUCAGAGACGAGAGGCUGGCCAGUACAAUCAUCUCCCACGUCAAGAAAUCAAGAAGCCUCCACAUCAUGUGUCACAUCCCAAUCUUCUGUUGGAUCACUGCUACAGUUCUGGAGGACAUCUUCAAAACAUCCAAGAGAGGAGAAGAGGUGCCCAAGACCGUGACUCAGAUGUACAGCCACUUCCUGAGGGUUCAGUCCAUACAGGGGGGCAGGAAGUAUCAUGGGAGUGCUGGUGAAGAGAAACUCCUCCACCUCUACCAGCAUGCUGUGGACAAGGCCUUAGAGAGUGAGAACGGACACCUGGACUUGUUCCUCCGCUUCCUCCUGGGCCUCUCUGUGGAGACCAAUCAGAUUGUCCCACGAGGUCUGCUGGGACGGAAAACAAGUAGAUCACUGAUCACUCAGAUUAAAAAAGGUCUGCUGGGACAGACAGGAACUAGCUCACUGAUCAAUGAGGGUACUUACUUCACAUUAGUGUCUUACAUCAAGAGGAAGUUAAAUGGAGAUCUCUCUCCAGAGAGAAGAAUCAACCUGUUCCACUGUCUAAAUGAGCUGAACGACCGUUCUCUAGUGGAGGAGAUCCAGCAGUACGUGACAUCAGGAAGUCUCUCAAGAGAAUCUCUCUCCCCUGCUCAGUGGUCAGCUCUGGUCUUCAUCCUACUGACAUCAGAAGAGGAGCUGGACGUGUUUGACCUGAAGAAAUACUCUGCCUCAGAGGAGGGUCUUCUGAGGCUGCUGCCAGUAGUCAAAGCCUCCAAAACAUCUCUGUUAAAUGGCUGUAAGCUGUCAGAGAGAUGCUGUGAAGCUCUGGCCUCAGUUCUCAGCUCCAACUCCUCUAGUCUGAGGGGGCUGGACCUGAGUACCAAUGAUCUGCAGGAUUCAGGAGUGAAGCUGCUCUCUGCUGGACUGGGGAGUCCACACUGUAAACUGGGAACUCUCAGGUUAAAUGGCUGUAAGCUGUCAGAGAGAUGCUGUCAAGCCCUGGCCUCAGUUCUCGGCUCCAACUCCUCUAGUCUGAGAGACCUGGAGCUGAGUACCAAUGAUCUGCAGGAUUCAGGAGUGAAGCUGCUCUCUGCUGGACUGGGGAGUCCACACUGUACACUGGAAACUCUCAGGUUAAAUGGCUGUAAGCUGUCAGAGAGAUGCUGUGAAGCCCUGGCCUCAGUUCUCGGCUCCAACUCCUCUAGUCUGAGAGACCUGGAGCUGAGUACCAAUGAUCUGCAGGAUUCAGGAGUGAAGCUGCUCUCUGCUGGACUGGGGAGUCCACACUGUACACUGGAAACUCUCAGUUUGAAUGGCUGUAAGCUGUCAGAGAGAUGCUGUGAAGCUCUGGCCUCAGUUCUCAGCUCCAACUCCUCUAGUCUGAGAGAGCUGGACCUGAGUACCAAUGAUCUGCAGGAUUCAGGAGUGAAGCAGCUCUGUGCUGGACUGGGGAGUCCACACUGUACACUGGAAACUCUCAGGUUAAAUGGCUGUAAGCUGUCAGAGAGAUGCUUUGAAGCUCUGGCCUCAGUUCUCAGCUCCAACUCCUCUAGUCUGAGAGAGCUGGACCUCAGUACCAAUGAUCUGCAGGAUUCAGGAGUGAAGCUGCUCUCUGCUGGACUGGGGAGUCCACACUGUACACUGGAAACUCUCAGGUUAAAUGGCUGUGAGCUGUCAGAGAGAUGCUGUGAAGCUCUGGCCUCAGUUCUCAGCUCCAACUCCUCUAGUCUGAGAGAGCUGGACCUUAGAACCAAUGAUCUGCAGGAUUCAGGAGUGAAGCUGCUCUCUGCUGGACUGGGGAGUCCACACUGUACACUGGAAACUCUCAGCUUGUCUGGCUGCCUGGUCACACAGGAAGGCUGUGCUUCUCUGGCCUCAGCUCUGAGCUCCAACCCCUCCCAUCUGAGAGAGCUGGACCUGAGCUACAAUCACCCAGGAGGCUCUGGAGCUGCGCUGCUCUCUGCUGGACUGGAGGAUCCACUCUGGAGACUGGAUACUCUUAGUGUGGAGCACAGUGGAGUUUGGAGGCUGAAACCCGUUCCACAGAGGUAUGUCUUUAAACUCACACUGGACCCCAAGACGGCCCACAGACGACUCUCUCUGUCUGAGGGCAACAGGACGGUGACGGUGGUUGUAGUGGACCAGUCGUAUCCGGAUCACCCAGAGAGAUUUGACUUCUGGCCCCAGGUGUUGGGUAGAGAGGUUCUGACUGGCCGCUGUUACUGGGAGGUAGAGAGGAAAGGACGUGUUGAUAUAGGAGUGACAUACAGAGGAAUCACAAGGAGAGGAGACAUUGAUGGCAGCUGGUUUGGAAAGAACAACAAGUCCUGGAGUCUUGUUUGUACUGAUGGUCGUAACUCUGCCUGGUACAACGAUAUAGAGACAGUCCUCCCUCUCCCCCCCGCUGGCUCCACCAGAGUAGGAGUGUAUCUGGACCGGCCUGCUGGCUCUCUGUCCUUCUACAGCGUGUCCCCAGGUGGAGGAGGGUCCUCAGACACACUGACACACCUCCACACCUUCUGGUCCACCUUCACCCAGGAGGAACUCCUCCCGGGGUUUGGGGUAUGGGGGGCUCAGCGGGGUGCCUCAGCGGUUCCCGGGGUGUUCCCUGAGUCUCCCCGCUGGCUGCUGCUUGCCGGCCGAUCCGAGGACACGAGCUCCUUCAGCGGGAGGAGAGGCUCCAGCCGAGAGAACCGGGACGACGAGAGCCUCACAGAGCUGGACCUGGAGACCAGCGGCUGCAGCCGGCCACGCCUGUCCUACCAUGACCUCUUCCACAGCAGGAACAUCUGGAAGAACAUCUGCAUCCUGCAUCCUCAUUCACAGUCCUACAGGGCAGUCGCCCAGGUCACCUAUUCCAAUCGCCGGCCCUGCAUCCGUCACUGA